AUGUGUUUCGCAGAUGGUCUGCCCGCAAAGUUUCUUUGCUGCUCAUCGAGACCCGUCCUACGUGACGCCGUCGCCUUCCAGGAGUUCCGUUCAUCCCUUCUGAAGACGGAUGCCGUUUCACCUGCGCCCUGGCUCCUCGGUUUCUGCCGGAAUGGGGAUUUCCACCUUCCUGCUUCGGCGGAGCUGGACGGAGUCGACCGCCCUCCGGACGUGUCUGGUAAGUCCGGUGCGGCUUUCAUCGCCCCUUUGUCUCCAUCGGCGGCUUCGGCCGUCCAGGUGCAGAUCAUCACCCCUGCGCCGGUCCAUGUUGGAAGGCUGAAUGGUUUGCCUUUGGCCCAGGGGGCAGGUAGUCCCUGCGCUACCGUUGCCUUGUUCACUUGGAGCGGUGACGCCGCGUCAGCGCGGCUGAAACUGGUGGCCGCUCCGGAGGUUGCCGCUGGUCCUUGGCUGUUUCUAUGGUUACUGAACAUCGCAUCGGGAGUACAGACGCGGCUCGUCCUGAAAACCCCGGAAUACCUCACGCGUGACAGCAGCAAGACCGCGCCCGGUCCCCGAACGCACUUAUACCGCAUCUUCGCCCAUGGCUCCCGUUCCUGCGAAUUUCAGUCGCCCGGGCCGCGUUUUGUUGAUGCGGUCCUUUCCCCUUCAUAUGGGUUGAGUUGUUCCCUUUGGGGUGGAGGUUUGCGUUAUUGGGCCGUUGCGCCAUCUUUGUCUGCUAAAUAG